AUGACUCGUGGCAACGAAGCAAACUCCAAGGUUUUCUACAAGGGCGCCAACGAUGACUUUGUCGUUUUCGUCGACGACGUCGCCGCCCUCAACAACUGGCGCAAUGACCGCUCCAUCCCCCUUGCCCAGGUCGUGAACGGGUGGAAGAUUUUUGUUACUCAUAGACACGGAGCGCAGGGCCUCCUCGACGGCGCUAGCAAGGGCCUUUUGGAGAGCGAAUUCGGGACUUCGAAUGAAGACGACGUUAUGGUGAAAAUUCUUGAGAGAGGGGAGUAUCAGACUUCUGUUAACUCCGCGCACCAAGCUGAUAAGAAUGUCAACAAGGGUCCUUCUGUUAUUGGUCGGUAA